AUGCACCAAUCGGGUGCCACAUCAGCAGGACCUGCUGCUGACGUGGCCCUUUCUGAUUGGCUGCCGGUAGUGGAGCUGGUGCUAGUGUCAGACGAGGAAGCAGCGACAGCCAUGCCGAAAGUGCUACCACACGUGUGCAGGUUGAUAGCAGAGAGCGCAGGCUCGUUUGUCAGCUCAGUGCCACGUCAGCUGUUGGAGUAUGCAUACGAGAGUGCAGAGAGCUUUUACGACGAGGUGGUAACCGCCAUGCUUGGCACUUCACCCUCGUCGCCAACGGGGGGUGACAAUAAAGGCGCGGAGGAGCACUCCUGCCCCUACUCCAUCCUCGGCAUUGCCAAGAGCGCUGCUCCCUCUCAGGUGCUCCCUCACAGGUGCACACUCACCGGUGUGUUGAGACGCCUCAGGGUGCAUUCCUAG